AUGGGAAAAUACAACCGAAAGAGGGGGUUUCAGCAGGCAAAAGCAGCAGAUCGCUAUGAUGGGGUGCAGCAACAGAAGCGAGUGACCGCUGAUUCUGCCGCGUUGCGUUCCGGCGAGGGCAAGACUCACCGCCCGAAGAAAAAAAGGGAAUCACGUGAGAUUGUAACUGACGUAGCUGCAGGUGAAAAGGGAUAG